AAUGAAAAUAAGGCAUUGCUUUUAAAUUGCACUGCAACAGAAUAAAUGAGCAACUCCUGAAAAGGUUGCAACUAAAAUGCUUGAAAUUUUGAUUGUUGUACAAUACUUUGUCCUUUAGUUAUUGUUUAACUUGACAACUGAGAGUAAAAUCGGUCCAGUUUUAUUUAUUUUUUUGCCAAUUUCAUGCCUAUUAUAGGAGUGGGAGUGUGUGCUCCAACAAGUCUUGUCUCUCCUUCAAGGACGUCAUUUGUUUUUCCUCCAAGUGAGACACCCAGAGGUGAUGCUGGCUUUCUGCAGCUCCCGCAUAUAAAAGCAGCGAGCCUACCAGUCCAACAACACAGGUCGUGCUUGAGCAAUGUCACGGGGAGGCUGCUUGCUCCAACAGGAAUCUGCAUGGGGCCACAAUGUGAGGAAUUACCAAAGAAGAUCUUUGGAAAGCGCUGAAACCUGGAUACAGUAGUUCCAUUUGGGAUAACAACAAUGAAUCCCUGUCAAAGUGAAUGCAAUCUGGGAUUUUAUGGAUUUCCCAACGUAAUAAAGAACCCUCUCAGCCAUAAAGAACGACAUCAGACCUGAAGAUCAGCAGAAAUGUCGGCAAUGCAGCGUCACAACGCCUCUGGCAAUUUUGCCUCUCUGUCCCCCUCGAAUGACAGCGCGAUCGUGCAUAAGCAAGAAGUGGUACCCGUGUUCCGUAAUUCCACCCGUCCGCGAAUUAAUCCGACAGCUGCCGGCAUCACCAUGACGCUGGGAAUUGUGUUCAACAUUGUGGCGCUUAUCAUUCUUGCCAAAGCCUACGCCCGCUUUCGGCGCAGGUCAAAGGCCACCUUUCUUCUCUUUGCCAGCUCUUUGGUGGCGACCGAUCUGGCUGGCCACGUCAUCAAUGGAGCCUUGGUGCUAAGAAGAUACUCGGAAGGGAUUGCGAACCUGGCUGACCCACCCUCCACCUCUCGAGGAGAUCUCCUAACUGAUCCAGAUGUCCCGUGUCUGUUUUUGGGGUGUUGCAUGGUGUUCUUCGGCCUGUGCCCCCUCUUCCUCGGCUGCGCUAUGGCCGCUGAGCGAUGCUUGGGUGUCUCCAGGCCUCUGCUGCACGCUCGUUUGGUCACAAACGCACGGACGAAGAUGACACUAGCUCUCAUCUGGCUGUUGGCAUUAUGUGUCGCCCUGAUGCCCUUUUGCAACUUGGGAGCCUACACUUAUCAGUACCCGGGCACGUGGUGCUUUAUCAGGGUGAUGGAGGGCACCGGAGCCACAGAUCUGGCCUUUGUGACACUGUUCUCUGGACUGGCAAUGAGCUCACUGGCCAUAGCCUUUGUGUGUAACACCAUCAGCGGGAUCACCCUCGUCAGAGCAAGGCUAAGGAAGAAGUCCAGCUCCCAGCGCACCUCGGCCAGGUCCCACGACACCGAGAUGGUCGUCCAGCUGGUCGGCAUCAUGGUCGCCUCGUGCAUCUGCUGGAGCCCUCUGCUGGUCUUUGGACUGAUGUCAGCCACCCGGUCCUACAGCGGCUCCCUCGGCCCCGACAGGGACACUUACAGGGCCUUAAUGGUAACGGGUGUUAGGAUGGCUACGUGUAACCAAAUCCUGGACCCAUGGGUCUACAUCUUGCUGCGACGUGCCAUCCUCAAGAAGAUCUACAGGAUUACUAAAAGGCAAGCCAGUUUGAAGGGAAGCAUGCUUCGGUCUUUCCGCUGGGAUGUCAGCUCCUUUCAGAACUCAGAAAAAAACAAUGUUAAGGUUUAAGAGAGUGACAUCGUGCCAUCUGAUAUUUAACAUCAACCCAUCAUUUGAAAUACCAAUGGAAGACUCAUGAUGCAUGCUAGUUUUGGUUUGUUUUAGCCCGCUAAGGCGAAAAAGGACCUAAUCUGUAACAAACUGGACAGGGUUUUUUUUUCUUUUUUGUGAAUGUAAAAUCAACAUGUUUGCGUUGGUGCUUGUCCUCUGUGAGAACAAAAUCUAAUUCAAGAUUAUUUGUUGAAGUAGACCAUGUGUCAAGUUUUGCCACAAAUGAGAAGACUACUCCACAAAGUCUGAAUGAAAAUGAACAUAAUAAUGUGAAUUGUAAACAUGUUAAAUGAAAUGCUGAACGACAAAAGCAAAGCACUUUAAUUUUACCUCAUUUUGAAGACGUGAAUGUGUGGGGGAAAAAAUGUAUGUUUGUUUUGUGUACUACAGUGGCAUGAAUGUGUUUAUGCUUGUCUUGUGAAAAUCUUAAAAUUGACAGGAUGAAAUAAAAAUGCCAGAGUAUUUAUUGGACUAGUAAGAA